AUGUUGAAACCAUUGUUGAGUAUUUUCCUUCUCUUUCUGGUGGCACAACCUUUGGUUGUUCACCCCAGAAUACUGAGAUCCACUAACGCACACUUCAUUCAUCAAAAUCACGAGAGCAAUAUUCAAAAGGGUGAUGAGACAUCAGAACUUGUUUCAGUUGCCAAGGCUAGGAAAUAUCUAAAAGCAUUUGGGUACCUAGAAUCAGAUAAGGUUGAUUUCAACGACACGCGUGAUAUGAAAACCAACGAUGAAAUGUUCGAUGAAAUGUUCUAUGAAAACUUGGAAGCACCAAUAAAAAAGUUUCAAGAAUUCUAUAAUCUAAAAGUGUCUGGAAAACUCGAUUCAGAAACCAUGAAGCUAAUGUCAAAUCCACGAUGCGGAGUUGCUGACGUUGGCACUAUAGUUCCUUCAAAAUUUGCAUUAUCUGAUUGGAAACCCAAAUGGCUUAAGACACACCUUACCUACACUUUUGAUCCAUUGGGUGUUAAGAUUGCACCAAUAGAUGUUUUAAGGAGUAUCUUUAACCUAGCAUUCAAACAAUGGUCACGUGUGUCUACAUUCACAUUCGAAGAAGUUUCAAAUAAUGGAACGGAUUCGGACCUCAUAGUUGGUUUCUAUAGCGGAGACCAUGGUGAUGGUUUUCCAUUUGACAAAUAUGGACCUAGUUUGGCUCAUGCUUUUGCACCAAUGGAUGGAAGGUUGCAUGUUAAUGCGGAUAAACCAUGGAGCACUAGCGACCCAAUUGAAAGUGGGUACUAUGAUUUGGUGUGGGUAGCUAUGCAUGAAAUAGGACACCUUCUUGGGCUUGAUCAUAGUUCCCAUGACAAUGCUGUUAUGUAUGCUUAUGUGAAUAUUGGUGAAAAUAGGAGGAAGCUUAGUGAUGAUGAUAUUGCCAAAAUAAAUCGCUUGUACUCUUCGUCGGGUUUUGGCAAUUACUCUCAGUGUCCUGCGGUGCGAUUAUUGUUUAGUGCCAUGUUUACCUUCUGGUAUUACUCGCUUCUUGUCUUCUUGUUUUGUAAAUAUUUUUAG